UUUAAUAUUAAUUCGUCAGUUAAAUAAAAUAAAAUAAAAUAAAAUAGUAAGUAAUAAUCAACCAGUGAAAGUAAAUUAAGUUAAGCGACAAUAAAUAAUGAGUGCAGUGAUCUAUUACAGACAGUCAAAAUAUCAGUUGGCUCGGUUGCUUUUACCACCGAGUACUUAUUUUAAAAAAUAACAACUAACCCCCAGGAGAAGUAAAUAAUAAGUGAGAAAAUACGUGAUGGAUUUUUUAUUCACCAGUGACUGCUUAAUAUCUUCUUAUUUGUGAAGAAUAAAAAUAAGAGUAAUUAAGAAUGCCGGCUGUUGCUAAUUCGUCGCUGACGUACGAAAUAUUGAUGUACCUAAACUCAUUUUACUUCGGUAUGUUCGCGGUCUGUGAGCUGGGGAUGGGACUCUACAAAGCGACGAGUCUUCCAGGAUCUAGUUCAAGCACAACCAUCACCGAGUUUUCGCUCCUCCUGUUUCUGAUUCUCACCGAGGGCGGACGAGUUUACCUGGGUAGAAAGGGGAACCUCACCGAGCGAGGACUCCCCAUCUUGCUGGGAAUCCUCCUGACGAUACCCAGUGCUCUGGCUACUCUCUAUUUCCUCGUCUGGCAGAGCUAUGUCCUUAAGCUAGAGAUGAUCCUCUGUAGUAUCCAGUUGGUCCUGCUUACUUCUGAACUCAUCAUCUCCGUCCUGUGCCUUAUUGCCAUUUUUCGUCCUCCGCUAUUUGAAGAAUAAAUUAUUGUCAUUAUUAUUAUUAUUUAUUAUCAAUUAUAUAUUCAUGCCACUUUAUAAUCAUUAUUAUUAUUAUUUAUUUAUUAUCAUUAUUAUUGUAAUAAUAUACGUUUGUAAAACCCCAGCAUGUGGCCUGAUCAAUAAUGCAUUGUAUAUAUACAUAUAUAUGUAUACAUCAUGAUGAUUCAUCGUCCGAAGCUUUUACUUUUAUUUUAUUUAAAGUUAAUGUUUAUAAAUUUCACAGAUUUUUUGUUACAAAUCAUUCCAAGCAUCAUCGGAUGUUCAUUUCAAAAUACAAAUUUUGGUUUAUUGAAUCAUUUAUUUGAGAUACCCCAUAAGGCAAAAAUUAUAC